GACUCCUGCCGUAAAGGCCGUGUGUGGCGCCUGCGCACCUCCUUUCCCUUUCGGAUUCCCGACGCGGUGGUUUUUGUAAGGGGUCCUCCCUGCGCCACACGGCCGUCGCCAUGGUGAAGCUGAGCAAAGAGGCCAAGCAGAGACUACAGCAGCUCUUCAAGGGGGGCCAGUUUGCCAUUCGCUGGGGCUUUAUCCCUCUUGUGAUUUACCUGGGAUUUAAGAGGGGUGCAGAUCCUGGAAUGCCUGAACCAACUGUUUUGAGCCUACUUUGGGGAUAAAGGAUUAUUUGGUCUUCUGGAUUUGGAGGCAAUCAGCGGACAGCAUGGAAGAUGUAUGCUCUGGCUCGGAUAAGAGAUGGGACAUCAUUCAGUCACUAGUUGGAUGGCACAAGGCUCUUCACAGAUGCAUCUGUAGCAGAGUGGAACUUGUACUAACUUAUGAUAGAAUGUAUCAGAAUAAAUGUUUUUAACAAUGUUA